CCGGAGACAGGCUCAGAUUCAACUGUCUAAGCGCGAAAGUGGAGGGCGCGACUAUCCAUUUCGACCUCUGUUAAAUUGGACAUCACGAUCAGGCUCAUUACUCCGGCUCCAACUUUAUUAUUUUCUAACCUCCUUUGCCACUAUUCACACGAUGUCGCGAAAACCAGCUGAUGUGGCGUCAAAAGAGCGCAACGAAUAUAUCCCGUCUUUUAUCGCGAAGAAACCGUUCUACAUCGAUGAUGAGUCGACUGCUAAUGAUUAUCUCGAACAUCAACGUCUCCAAAAACAAGCUACAGAUCAAUCGAAAUGGUACGAUCGUGGGAAGCGCGCUGGCCCAGCAGCCACCAAAUAUCGCAAAGGCGCUUGCGAGAAUUGCGGUGCCAUGACCCACAAAGCGAAAGAGUGUCUAAGCAGGCCCCGAAAGCUCGGUGCUAAAUGGACUGGUAAAGAUAUACAGGCCGAUGAGGUUGUACAGAACGUCGAACUGGGAUGGGACGCUAAGAGAGACCGAUGGAAUGGCUACGAUCCCAGCGAAUACCGUCAGGUUAUUGAGGAAUAUGAGGAGCUCGAAAAGCUGAAACGCAGUAAACCGGGAGGUCAAGACGGAACAAAGAUUAUGGAUGGCGAAUUGGACGAUGAGGAAGCUGCUAUAGAGGAAGCCCGGUACGCUGAAGAAUCAGACAUGGGACGACAACAAAGCACUGCGACUCGCAAUCUACGUAUUCGAGAAGAUACUGCAAAGUACCUGCUCAACCUUGACCUCGACUCGGCCAAGUACGAUCCUAAAACACGGCGAAUGGUCGAUAUGGGUGCGCAGGAUGAUCAAGCUGCAGCGCUUGUUGCCGAGGAGAAUUUCGUUCGCGCGUCUGGGGACGCUGCAGAAUUUGAGAGAGCUCAAAAGUAUGCUUGGGAGUCGCAAGAACGUGGAGAUAGAAAGAUCCAUCUUCAAGCCAACCCCACAUCUGGUGAAAUCCUACGAAAGAAAGAGCAGGCCGAGAGUGAGGCGAAGCGUCAGGCUCAACGGAAGGCACUACUGGAGAAAUACGGUGGCGAGGAGCAUCUCAAACCUACGCCCCUCCGGGAAACUAUGGUCAUUGAAAACGAAAGAUUCGUCGAAUAUGACGAGACUGGCGCAAUCAAGGGUGCGCCGAAGAACGCAGUCAAGUCCAAAUAUUCAGAAGAUGUAUUGGUGAACAACCACACUACAGUAUUUGGAAGCUGGUGGCAUAACUUCCAGUGGGGCUACGCUUGCUGUUUUUCAACGGUGAAAAAUAGCUAUUGUACCGGUGAAGACGGUAAGAAAGCAUUCGAGGAAGCAGAAAUGAGGUCCAUGGGUUUGCUGCCUGGGCCAGAGACGAGGGACCAAACCUCCGCUCCGGCUAAGGACGAGACAAACAACAUCCUUGAAGCCGAGGAUUCGACCGAUCGCAGUCAGCGAAAAGCGGACACCGAGCCUAACACUAAGAAGAGAACAAUGAUGGAGAUGAAAUCUGGUGUUAGUGAGGAAGAGUUGGAGUCGUACAAACGAAGCCGUCUCGCCGCUGACGAUCCAAUGGCUUCGUUCAUCGGAAAAGAAUGAUUGAGACUCCUUACGUUAGGCUUCAAAUUAUGAUUGUCGCAUAUGCCAUUUUUGCAUCACCAGAAGGGCGUUUUGGGUCUGAUCUUCGUUUACUCAAUACCCAAUUAAGUUGUAUUCAGGAGAAUGUUCGCUGUAUCUAUAACUAUCAUCAUGCAAUUUAUCACAUUAGUGAGAUAUACGAACAGUCAGAUGAGCAAAUGCUAGUUCGCCCGGCUUUUGGA